AUGGCCCGUCUGGUUUUGGCAUCCUUGGCAGCUGCGUUCUUGAGAUGUUGCCUGGGCGACACCGUGGAGGCAGACUGCAAGGAUGGGGAGAGGCCGGGCUUGUCGUUUAUCCAAGCGAAAGCCCUCGCGCGGGACAGCCCCAACGCCAAGAAGGUGGAUUAUCUUUGGUCCUCUGGCCGGGGGAACUUCCCGAACUACGGCGUUUCCCCUGCCUCGGCACCUUUCGACCUCGCGCACAAGAAGGUGUGGAACUGGUCCCAUCCCUUGGGCAGGUUUGCGACCUUGACCUACGGAACAGCCAUCGACCACCAGCGCAACAUCUACCUUUCGGGGGCCGAUGGGGUGCGCAAGUUCGACCACAAGGGCAAGAUGUUGUGGGAGUAUGAUUCUUUGCCGGCGGAGAUGAUGGACGCCCCAUCCCUUCAUGACGGCAAGCUGUACGGAAGCGACACGCAGGGUAACGUUGUGGCCCUGGACAUGGACUCCGGCGAGGUCGUGUGGAGAACGAAGGUCGCGAAGGAGAUCGGCCAGGACAACGGUUUCACUAUGGCCAAGGACGGCGUGGUCCUCGCAGCCACGGACUUUCGCCUGCCCAGCCCACUGCCCACGGCUGCGGCGAACCAUAAGGUGCAGGCUUUGAAUGCCAGCAACGGGAGCCCGAUGUGGAGCUUCGAGCCAGACACGCCAGUUUGGAACUUCCUCCCCCUUUUCGUGGACGAAGGCGACUUUGUCUUUCAAGACAUGACAGGUAAAGCGUACCGGGUGGACCUGCAUACCGGAUCUCUGAUCUGGAAGAACGGGGGCCUGGACGACACCUGGACCGACGGCAGCGCAGCCGUAGGGAACGGAAUGGUGUUCACGGUGCACAACAAUAAGAAAGAGCCGCUCACCCAGCUGAUGGGCCAGUACGAGCCGGGUACCCUGAGCGCCUACAACCUUAGCAACGGCGAGCUGGUCUGGAAGCUGGUCACGCCCCGGCCGCCGAACAACGCCCCGGCGGUUGGGAAAGUGAAGGGCUUGGACGGAGUGUCGGUUGUCAUGCCCCUUUGUCAGCAAAUCAUCCCGGGCUCCUUCUGCGACGUGCAUGUUUAUGACGCCGACACCGGUGACCUGCAGUGGGUUUUCCAUGGCCCCCAGCAAACCACCCUCAUGCAGGCAGGUGACUUGGAGGGGAUUAGUGCCCGCACGCUCCGUGGCAUUCGCUCCACGUGCCUGCCGAAUGGCUGGAGUGCGCCAAGCAUCGACGCACACGGUACUGUCUUCGUCGGCAACGAGCAGGGGAACCUCUUUGCACUUCGCGACAUGGACGGUGACGGCACGAUCUAUGGCGACGAUGAGAUAUCGAGCUAUGACACCCAGGCCGCCUUCUCAGGGUCUUCGUCUCCUGCCAUUGCUCCGGGAUUGUUGGCAGUGGCGUCCUGCGACUCACUGUUCGUCUUCAAGGAUUGA